AUGCCGGAUCUGGAAGAGCUGAAGACCAGAGGUGUAAAAACAGAAGAGCAAGUGUGCUGGGUCAGACUUCAGUUCCAUCAAACCCAUGUUUUGGCAGGAUAUAAUGGUACUAUCUUUGCAUAUGGUCAGACAGGCAGUGGCAAAACUUUCACCAUCACAGGAGGAGCAGAACGUUACAGUGAUCGAGGCAUCAUUCCCAGGACUCUGUCUUACAUUUUUGAUCAAUUGCAGAAGGAUAGCAGUAAAGUAUACACAACUCAUGUUUCCUACUUAGAGAUCUACAAUGAAUGUGGUUAUGAUCUGUUAGACCCAAGACACGAGGCCUCCAGACUGGAAGAUUUGCCAAAAGUGACAAUAAUGGAAGACCCUGAUCAGAACAUUCAUCUGAAAAACUUGUCUCUUCAGCAAGCAACCAAUGAAGAGGAAGCCUUAAACCUACUCUUCCUUGGAGACACCAAUAGGAUGAUUGCUGAGACUCCAAUGAAUCAAGCAUCAUCCCGAUCUCACUGCAUUUUCACUGUUCACAUCUCUAGCAAGGAACCUGGAUCUGCAACUGUUCGACGCUCCAAGUUACACUUAGUAGACCUUGCUGGAUCAGAGCGUGUUGCAAAGACUGGAGUUGGAGGUCGCUUAUUGACAGAAGCCAAAUAUAUCAACCUUUCAUUACAUUAUUUGGAACAGGUAAUAAUUGCCCUUGCAGAGAAAAACCGGUCCCACAUUCCUUAUCGAAACUCUAUGAUGACAUCAGUGCUAAGAGACAGUCUGGGAGGAAACUGCAUGACUACCAUGAUAGCAACGCUUUCUAUAGACAAAGGAAACAUAGAUGAAUCUAUAUCAACCUGCAGAUUUGCACAGCGAGUUGCUCUUAUCAAGAAUGAAGCGGUUCUUAAUGAAGAAAUUGACCCCAGUUUGAUGAUUGUCCAGCUGAAAAAGGAGAUCCAGGAGCUGAAGGAUGAGCUGGCACUGGUGACUGGCAAGCAAAGGACAUCAGAGCUUUCACAAGAAGAGCUCCUUCA